UGCACAUCUGUAGAGUCUCAAGUUAGCACGCUACGUAUAGGUACCAAUCUAACCCAUUUCUGGUUCACUGUCCAGCAAGAGACCAUCAUGGACCAGAACGUAACCAAUUCAACUGAAGAACCCUGUGGCUUGUCUGAAAUGCCAGCUCGUCCAUUCUUCAUAUGUUUAUACACACUGAUUUUUGUGGCAAGCCUGGUGCUCAACAGCAUUACAGUUUAUGUGUAUUUCUGCAAAGCUACAAAACAAUCCAGCAUCACAAUCUAUCUGAAGAAUCUGGCUAUAGCAGACUUGUUUGUGUGCCUGUGUUUGAUAUUACGCAUCGCUAAAUAUGCUAUAACUUCAGUGGAAAUUCAGCGUAUCUACUGUAACUUUGGCGCUCCUGCUUCCUACCUUAACAUGUACUCCAGUAUUCUCUUCAUGGGCUACAUCGCUGCAAACAGGUACAUGAAGAUUGUACGGCCACUGGAGAGUCACACGCUGCAAACAGUCCGUUCGACACGCUACAUCUGCAUCGUGACCUGGGCCGUCCUGCUGUUCUCAAAUUGUGUCUACACUGCUGUUUUUCUCAGCAUUGAUAAACAAACUUCUCCCCACAGUGGUUUCGACUGUGACAGCUUUCAUAACAGCUUACUCAGACAGAUCUAUUUGGCCUUGCAGAUCAUUAGCUUUUCAGUGUUUUUGUUUGUGCUGGUCUCCCUGAUUCUGUUCUACUGUUUGAAUGUACAGAGGCUUCGUCAAGCUCAGCACACAAUGCCAAAUCAGCCUGGUAACGCUAAGCUCAGGAAGUCAAAGCAUAACAUGCAAGUUCUGAUGGUGGUUUUCGGCGUGUGUUUUGUACCAUAUCAUCUGGUGAGACUGCCGUACGUGUUCAUUAAACCCCUGCUGCAAGACUGCAAAGCAGAACAGGUUUUCUACAUCUUGAAGGAGGUGACUGUCCUGCUCACAGUACUGAAUGCCUGCUUGGAUCCACUUAUUUACUUUGUCUUUUGCAAGACCUUCAGAGCACAGCUUAACCUUCAAAGAUUUUGCAAAUCCAAAUGAGAAAAAGAGCUCUAGUCAGUUGAAUUAAAAGGGAUAGUUUACCAAAAAUGAAACUUCUGUCAUUUAGUCACUCUCAUGAUGCUCCAAACCUGCAUGGGUUUCUUUCUUCAUCAAUACAGAAUUGAAGAUAUUUUGAAAAAUGUGUAUAACCAAACAGUUUGUCAUAGCCAUUGACUUCU